AGACCCCACUGAGCACAAGGAGUAUAAACUGGGUUAUACGUUUCCGCAGAGAAGAAUCAAGUAUGAUGCCAGUGGCAACCUCAACGCUUCAACAGUUGAAUCUGGCACAGAGCUGUCUGGGAGGAGAUGAGAUGGAACAGAAGCGAAGGGAUGCAUUAACUUGGUAUCAAGGCUGUUGUCCUCAAAUUAAGAACCUAGCUGGGGAAUUUUUCAGAAACAUGGAUACGGAUGGAGAUGGGAGUAUCAGCAUCAUCGAGUUCCGAGAUUUCCUCAGCAAAACAGAAGAGUAUCACUACGACUCUAAUAUUUUCUACAAGCUCGACAGGAAUCGUGACGGUGUUCUAGAUUUCAAUGAAAUCAUCGUCUUCUUUUACAUGACUAAGGAUAACCAGCCACCACGGCCACAGCAAACUAGAAGCUUGAGUAAAGUGGCCUCUCGUGCAGUUGAAGGAUUGCAAACUAGAAGCUUGAGUAAAGUGGCCUCUCGUGCACAAAAUGUAUUGGAAAUCAUCGAUAAGUUCAGUACGAUACUGGAUAUCGCCUCUAACAUCGGGAUGUGCAGCAUCAUGUGAAAGGUCUCGAUCGAUCAGUUGUUAUUUUGAUUGUCUGUGGUGCAAGGGGUUUUAUUAAGAGAUGUUUAGUAGUUGUAGGAUUUGUUGUACGUUGUUUUUCCAUUUUUUUCUUUCUUUGGUUUGUCUUUGGUGGUUGUUCACAUGUUUUCUGUUCAACUCUUGGUGUUUCUAUUUAGCUCUUUGAAUCCUAGCUAUCUUUUCUUCCAAA